AUGUCCCCAAAUCCAGAUAUCGUACCCGAUGUGGACAAGCCAGUCCUGGAAAAUGUCGAAGCAAUCGCCAACGCCGACAAACCCAAUGCCCAAAAAGAAGCACCCGCCUCUGUGGCCAACCUGACAGCCGAAGAGCGCAUCAAGGCUGAAAAGGCCCUCGUCCGCAAGAUCGAUAUUCGCCUCCUCCCUAUGAUUAUCAUCAUGUACAUAUUGAACUACCUCGACCGAAACAAUAUCGCCUCGGCCCGACUAGCAGGUCUGGAAGAUGACCUGGGUCUAGUAGGCAACCAAUUCGCAACCUGCGUCAGCAUCCUGUUCGUCGGAUACCUGCUCAUGCAGAUUCCGUCCAACCUGCUCCUCAACAAGUUCGGCAAACCAGCCCUCUACCUGCCGAUAGCCAUGGUUCUCUGGGGUAUCAUUUCUACCGCUACAGCCGCAGCUGAAAGCUACGCUGGCCUGGUUGUCAUCCGGUUCUUCCUUGGUUUUGUCGAAGCAGCCUACUUCCCAGGCUGUCUCUACUUUCUGAGCGCGUGGUACACGCGUAAAGAGCUAGGGUUCCGAACCGCGGCCCUGUAUUCUGGAUCUCUGCUGUCUGGUGCAUUCUCCGGACUUAUUGCCGCUGGCAUCACAAGUAACAUGGAUAAUGUGCUCGGAAUGCGGGCAUGGCGAUGGCUAUUCAUCAUCGAAGGGGCCAUCACGAUCGUCAUUGCUUUUGCGGCCAUUUGGAUUCUACCCAACUUCCCACGCACCACGAGCUGGUUAUCCGAGGAAGAGAAGGAUCUGGCUAUCUGGCGACUGGAAGAGGAUAUCGGCGAGGAUGACUGGGUAGACAGUGAGCAGCAAACUUUCUUGCAUGGCGCCAAGCUUGCCGUCGUGGAUAUCAAGACGUGGAUUCUGAUGCUCAUGAUAUUGUGCAUUGUCUCUUCUGCCUCUGUUACAAACUUCUUUCCCACUGUCGUCAAGACCCUGAACUAUGGGAACAUCGAGACUCUCCUCCUCACUGCCCCGCCCUACUGUCUGGCUGUGAUAUGUGCGUUCGCGAACGCAUGGCACGCCGAUCGCACAGGCGAGCGAUACUUCCAUGUCACUGCACCAUUAUACAUCUCCGUCGUUGCAUUUAUCAUUGCAGCGACGACAACAGGAACAGCCCCUCGUUACGUCGCGAUGAUGCUUAUGGUGCCGUCGUUCUACGCCGGAUACGUCGUGGCCCUAGGUUGGAUUUCGAACACGCUGCCUCGCCCUGCGUCUAAGCGUGCUGCUGCCCUUGCUGCUAUCAACUGUGUCAGCAAUGCUAGUAGCAUCUAUGCCAGCUAUAUGUAUCCCGAUAGCCAUGCGCCUCGAUUCGUGCCCGCCAUGUCGGUGAAUUGCGCCACGGCAUUUGUUGCUAUUUUGUCUGCGACUCUACUGCGCUUCAUGCUUGUCCGUCUGAACAAACAGCUUGACCGCGGCGAGGAGGUCGAGGGCGCUGUUCCUGGUGAAGGAAGCCGUCGUGGAUUCCGCUUUUUGGUUUGA